GGGCUUAAUACCCUAAAGCAGCUAGGGAAAAGACUAAUGCGCCACAAUUGUUCUGCCAGAUCAGCCUUCAUCUCUCCAGGACACUGCACCAUCGGACGGCUCUUACCCUCACAAGAGCUCCACAGUCAAGAAAAUGCACAUCGAUCACAAUGCAUCAGAUACUGAUGAAGAGCCGUGGUUCUAUGAAUGUAACCUCAACCUGGACCAGGAUUCUCGGCGCAUUGCGCUCUUCCUGCUCUACCUGUUCCUGUUCAUGGUGGGUUUGGUGGAGAACUGCCUGGUGAUUUGGGUAAACUGGCGUAGGCGACACUCAGCCAGCGGUGUGCUCUUCUGUAUUCUCAACAUCAGCUUGUCUGACCUGAUGGUGGUUUUCACCAUGCCAUUCUUCAUGCUGGAAGUCACCAUGAACAAGGUUUGGGUUUGGGGCCGAUUCCUGUGCAAGGUGACGCACCUCAUCUACGUCAUCAACUUUUACAGCAGCUCCUUCUUCCUGGCCUUCAUGACUCUGGAGAGGUACCUGACCGUAGCGCGGCCGACCACACCCUCCUGCUUUCCACUGCAGCCCAGGCACCGGCGAUGGCUGCUGUGUGCCGGAGUGUGGCUUCUGUCCUUGGUGUUAGCGCUGCUAGAAAAUGUACACGUGGACCUGCUUGAGUGGGAUGAACCCGGCUGCUACAUGAUGCCUGAGAUGCACUACAUCCAAUGGUUCAUCUCAGUUAGUUUCUUCUGCCUUAUCUUCCAGUUUUUGGGGCCUGCGUCUGUCAUCAUCACCUGUAACAUCCUGAUCGCUCGGUCCGUUCGGGCUGCUCCAGAUGUGGAAAAUCGUAGGGACGUUUGGCUCUUGCACGUGUACUCACUGGUAUUUGUAGUCUGCUGGCUUCCCUACCAUAUUGUUAUAUUCUUGAUGAUAGUGGAUGACCUGAACCCGUACUUGUUUUCCUGCAACACUGUAGAUAUCCUGUACUUCUCUUUCAGCAUUGUACAGUGCAUCUCACUCUUUCAUUGCAUUGCCAACCCUAUUCUCUAUAACUUCCUGAGCAAGAACUUUCGUGCCAACCUCAUUAAUGAUAUUCUUUCACGUAUUUCCUCAAGACCUGCCAACACUCCGGCCAAUGCAGCCGACGGUGCAGGGACAGUAUCACGAAAGGAGCGAAAGCUCAGCAAUGCCAGCACCAGUCACUCAGAGAUAGGAUCCUAAGAAGGGAAGUCUCCGAUACGUCACGAUGAGGUUUCCUGAGAGAUAUAUGAGGAAGCAGCAUGCUGCUACAAAGAAAUGUUUUCCAGAUACUAUCAAAAUAACUGUUUUACAAAAUAUCUGUCCCUGUGUCCUAGAGUUAACAUCGCCACAUAACUAAAGACACCAUUCCAGAACAAUUAUUCAGAUUUGUUUUUUCUAAACCAUAAACAAAGUGUUUGGAGAUCAUGCUUCAUUUGAAAAUACUCUUGCGAGGCUUCUCAGCGCAAGAAGCAAACACCUUAAGAAAAACAUUUUAAAGACAUUCAACAGUUCUUAUUGCUGGUAAAA